CACGCUCUUCAAUGUCCGGGUAACUUGACGUACCGGGGGAGUCCAAUGGAAGCCUUCGUCGCAGCCCGGAGGAAACAAUCGAGUGCGAUUUAGCUUGAUAAUAAGAGACGAUUUCGUUAGAUUUGGUAAUAAGCUGGAUCUUUUCUCUCUAGUCUGGGUCUGCGGUUCAUUCUGCAGUCUUUCGACCCCGCUAAUCUGCCGUUAAGGGCGUCUGAUCGGCCUUGUUUAUACUGUGCACCGCAGCUUGAAUCAGAGAAACAGGCCCAGUCCGGUGCGAGUUUAACGGCCGUUUCGGCUCUGGAGUGUGUUUUGUGCGGAUCGGCCCUUUAGCUCACCAAAGAAUAUGACCCAGAUGCAACAAUGACAUCCAGAUUCGUUAAAACCUACAGCCGUAAGGGUGGAGAGGGCACGUCCAAGUUUGAUGAGGUUCUGUCCACCAAGAGAGGCACCCUCAGUACCAAAUGGGGUGACACCAAGUACAAGGCCAAGGUGGGCUCCAAGCGCGCUGGCGCUCCCAAGAAUGACUCCAUCCUUGGGGUUCACAAGAGGCCCCGUCCAUCCGCAGAUGGCUUGGAGGAUCCGUUUGGAUUCGACAGCGAUGAGGAAUCCAAGCCGGUGUCGUCUCGCAGUGGCAACAAGUCGUCACCCGCCAAGCCGACCUCUGCAGAGCCUCCUCUGGCAGAAAGGCCAGGCUUGUCUCUGGACACGGGGAGCAGGUCCAGCCUCCAGGGAGGAUCUCUCUCUUUGGCACCCUCCAGAGGGCCAUCAUGGCUGGCCAAUGACAGGAACCAGCCCACACUGCUGGAGGAUACAGCUCGGUUCUUCAACAGCAGCAGUGCUAGCAUAGGAAAUUCCCAGCAGAGUUCCUCAUUGUCAGAGAACCAGCACAGCUACUCGUGGUACCAAAAUGCUUCUGAGAGCGACAGGAAGCCCUUGGCGCAGACCACGACCUUGAAGACGGGGUCUGAAGCCACAUACGACUCCUGGGAUGCCAUCAUGGGUCUCCGUCCGCCCUCGCCCAGCCAGGAACCUCGAAACCCGGCCCCCACGCUCUCUUGGUCUUCAGUGGGUCUCACGAUGGGCAGCUGUGAUGGGCAGACCCGCCAUGAGAAGCUCCCCUCCCCUCCACGGCUCCAGACCCUGAGUGAGAGCGAGGACCUUGGGCUCGACUCGGACUUCCUUGUCGAAUCAUCAGACUACUCCCAGACGUCCUCCUCCUCCUCAUCACUUACGAGAAACUCUAACUGUCGGACGUACAGGAGGCCCAACAAACAGGGCUCAGGCAAAGCUUCAGACUCCAGCGGCUUUUCCAGCACUGCUUUUGGCACCGAUCCUCCCAAAUCCACAUCUGACGGCAGUAAUAAGGCGACAGGUGGUGGAGGGGGACGGGGCAGGACGAGGGAUUACACAGUGCUGCAUCCCUCCUCUGUUUCGAUGUGUAACGUCACCAUCCAGGACCGAGGAGUGGAGGAGUAUAGCACCGAGGCAGCGCCCUCUAGUGGUAGCAGCAGUGCCGGGUCCGGCAGUACGACAGAGCGGGGCGAGGCAGGUUGGCAGCGGAAGAAGACGGAACAACAAAACACAAGGACCAGGCCGACCCAGACCAAGUCAAAGAAGGAAAGUAAGCUGGAGCUUUUUGGUUUUGAGGAUGCAGACGCCCAUCAGGAGGACAGCAGCGCAGACAACACAGAUGGUGGAUCCAGUUACAAAAUCAAAUACUUCGGCUUUGAUGACAUGAGUGACAGUGAUGGAGCAGACGAUGACGAUGACGACGGCUCGAAAGAGAGGAGGAAAGCCAAGAAGGCUGCCGCUGCCAAGGGGAAACCGGUGGUUACAGCAGUGCAAGAAAUACGAGAGGACGACGGCGACGAGCCGCCCGAUCCAUUCGAGAGGCUGGAAAUUCCAGAGAUUCAAGAGUUUCAGGAAAGGCCGGCAGCCAAGGAGAACAAGAAGUGCUCCGAGAGGCAGGAAAGCAGGAUACGAGCAGAUGUCAUGGACUUCUCAGAGGAAGGCCUCAGAGUGGUGGCCAGUGCUCCCAGGAGGCCGACUAAGACUAAACAGGCCGAGAAGAACCAAGACUCCUUGCGGAGGAUCUUCAGCGCACACAAGAAGUCUCCAACCAAAGCUGUGUACAACGCCCGACACUGGACGCUGGAGAGCGAGGAGGAGCCCCCUCCACCUUUCUUCUCACGAUCACAGACUGCUCCUGCACCAGCCACAGCAGGAGGAUCCAGUAAGGAGCCCUCUGACGCUCAGAAGGACGAAGGUGUGUUUAAGGCUCCUCCCCCUCCUCCCAAGGUCACCAAGUGUGUCACCAUCCCCACAGAUCUCUACCAGGACCAGGUCACCGCACUCAAGUGCCGCAAGGAGCACAAGGAGCUGUAUACAGUCGUCCAGCAUGUGAAGCACUUCAAUGACGUGGUUGAGUUUGGGGAGAACCAGGAGUUUACUGAUGACUUUGAGUAUCUGGCGACUGGUCUGAAGACUGGACAGCCUCUCAACACACGCUGCCUUAGUGUGAUCAGCCUGGCGACGCGCUGUGCCAUGCCCAGCUUCAGGAUGCACCUCAGGGCCAGAGGGAAGGUGGCGCAGGUCUUCAAAACACUCAAUGAUGCCCCACAACACCCAAACCUGGCUCUGUGCACGGCGUCUCUCAUGUAUAUCCUCAGUAGAGACCGGUUGAACAUGGAUCUGGACCGGUCUUGUCUGGACCUGAUGAUCCGGCUGCUGGAGCUGGACCAGGACCAAGGGGGCGGGGUUGUGGUAGAGGUAGAGGUAGACUCCACCCCUCAGUUCAGCGCCAGGGAAAUCGCCAAGGUGAAGGAGAAGAUCAGGAAGCUGUGUGACACGGUGCACAACAAGCACCUGGACCUACAGAACAUAACGACGGGUCAUUUAGCCAUGGAGACGUUACUGUCGCUGACGUCAAAGCGAGCGGGAGACUGGUUCAAAGAGGAACUGCGGCUACUGGGAGGACUGGACCACAUAGUAGAUAAAGUGAAGGAAUGUGUUAAUAACUUGAACCAGGAGGAUGAUAAGGAGAAGCUGGUGUCGUCUCUGUGGGGAGCUGAGAGAUGUCUACGGGUGUUAGAGAGUGUGACGGUCCACAACCCGGAGAACCAGAGCUACUUGAUCGCCUACAAAGACUCGUCACUCAUCAUUUCCUCUGCAAAGGCGCUGAACAGGUGUGAGGCCAUGAUCCAGCGUUACAGCAGGGAGCUGAACUCAGACUGGGCCAUGGUGGGGAAGGCAGUGGAGGACUGCAUGAGGGCCAUUAUAGGAGUCCUGCUGAACCUGACGCACGACAACGAGUGGGGCAGUACGAAGACGGGAGAACAGCAGGAUUUAAUCAUGACGGCUCUGAACUGUGUUCUCAAAGUCCCUCAGUAUCUUCCACAAGAGCAGAGGUUCGACAUCCGAGUGCUGGGUCUGGGCCUGCUCAUCAACCUGGUGGAGUACAGUGCCAGGAACAAGUACUGCCUGAUGGAGAUGGAGAUGGAGGGAGGUCAGGGUCCCUGCAACUCCACCGUCCUGCUGAGCCCUCAGCACCAGGACAUCACCAGCAACGGCCCGCUGAGCGCCAUCGCUGCACUCGUACAGCUGUUCCUCCAGCGUGAGCGGGCCGCGAUCCUGGCUGAGGCGCAGACCGAUGACCUCAUCAAGGAAACGCCGAAGCCUGCGGACCAGAGCGGGCAGUGGCAGGAGUCGGGCGGGGAGAUCCAGUGGGUCGCUAAUGACAACGCCCCAGAGAAACAGGACGACAUCAAGAAGAAGGAGAAGGAGGAGGAGGACGAGGAGCUGGACCUCAACAAAGCUCUGCAGCAUGCAGGGAAGCACAUGGAGGACAGCAUCGUGGCCUCCUACACAGCACUGCUGCUGGGCUGCCUGUGUCAGGGGAGCCCUUUGAAUGUGACUACUGUGAGGGACAACCUGCCAAAAGGAGAUUUCUCCAUCAUGACAGAAAUGCUGAAAAAGUUCCUCAACUUCAUGAACCUCACUUGUGACGUCGGCACCACAGGACAGAAGUCCAUCUCCCGGAUCAUUGACUAUCUGGAGCACUGCUAGAGAGAAGCCUGUCUCUCUCUCUCUCACACACACACACACACACACACACACACACACACACACACAAACACACACACACACACUGCGACCAUCUACUUCAUCUUCAACAUCACCUCUGGUUAAGUUCACUGCUGGAAACCUUCUUCUUCUUCUUCUUCUUCUUCUUCUUCUCCUCUGCGUGUCGGGACCAGACGUCCUCCUCGCCCUCCAGUUAAAGGAGCUUUCUGCUGUUUUAUUUUUUUGUUCCAGCAGUGGAAACUCCAACACUUCUACUUUUAAUAGACUUUUGAGGAACUUAACUUUAUGACAUAACGAUGUGUGACACCACUGCCCCAGCUGUGAUCAGAUGUUAUUUUACGUUUAUUUAAGACACAAUCCAAGUCAGUAUUGAGAUAUUUUUCCACCGUUUCUGUUCUAUAAAAGUUGCUCAGAACGA